AUGCGUAACGCGGGCAGUGCGGAGUCCAGCAGCAGUGUCUGGGCUGAGCAGAGCUGCACUGUGGGUCCUCAGCUUCACUGUUCACUUGUCAAUGUGACGGACCACACCAACGACACAUCCAGCCUCACUAUGGGUCGGGACAGGGGCAAGUUUGACUUCAUCGGGGGCAGCUUCAUCCUCAAGAAGAAGGGCCUGCUGCGGCUGGCGAGGAAGGGGUCCAUGCGGGCGGGCCAGGCUGGUCAUGCAUAUCCAAAAGAGUGGCUAUGGUGGGCCGGUUUAUUAUCAAUGGGGGCCGGUGAAGCAGCCAACUUCGCAGCUUAUACCUUCGCUCCUGCGACUCUGGUGACGCCACUGGGAGCCCUCAGUGUGCUCGUGAGUGCGGUGCUGUCGUCCUACUUCCUCACAGAACGGCUAAACCUGCAUGGGAAGCUGGGCUGCCUGCUCAGCAUCCUGGGCUCCACCAACAUGGUGAUUCAUGCGCCGCAGGAGGAAGAGAUCAACAGCCUGGAGGACAUGGCAAAGAAGCUGGUCGACCCAGCCUUUUUUUGCUUUGCAACUCUCGUCAUCAUCGUUGCGGUCAUCUUCAUAUUUGUUGUGAGUCCACGCCACGGGCAGACCAAUAUCCUUGUGUAUAUCACCAUCUGCUCGGUAAUCGGAGCACUAUCAGUAUCCUGUGUCAAAGGACUGGGCAUCGCCAUAAAGGAAGCGAUCGCUGGGAAACCUGUUGCCGGAAACCCUCUAGCCUGGUUCUUGCUCCUGAGUCUGGAGGCCUGUGUGAGCACGCAGAUCAACUACCUGAACAAGGCUCUGGACAUAUUCAACACGUCCCUGGUGACGCCCAUCUAUUACGUGUUCUUCACCAUGUCAGUGCUCACCUGCUCCGCCAUGCUAUUCAAGGAGUGGGAGCACAUGGGCACCGGCGACGUGAUCGGAACCCUCAGUGGCUUCCUCACCAUCGUCGUGGGUAUCUUCCUGCUCCAUGCCUUCAAAGACAUCAACGUCAGCCUGGCUACUCUCGCUGUGACGAUGAGGAAGGAAGAGCGGGCCUCUCCUGCAGCCAAUGGCGUGGCCUCCCACAGCACCUACGAACUGCUACACAAUGAGUCCACUGAGGACGUGGAGGACAGAGAAAUGGGUUUGCCUUUUGAUAGUCUUUCUAGAAGAAACGGGGCAAUGACUUCCUCGUUGGAUCAUUAAGAAACUUCUGUUUUUCAUGUCACCCGACAGACCAGUAAUGGCGUUGUUGCGGUGUAUGUGAAUAAUAAGACAAUCAACUGUAUGUGAAGAGUGACUUGGACGGACCAGUGGAUUGUAUUUAUUGUUUGAUUUGCCUUACUUUUCUCCGAAUAUGACCUGCUCAUAUUCAGUUGCAGUUAGAACUUAAUUUCAUUCCUCUGUAGCGUUGUAAAUAUGAGUUUUUUAAAAG